UGACAAGCGCGAUGCACAAACCGUGACCUUGGCUAAUUGGAAGUUUCUUCAUAAUUUUAUGGUUCUUUGGUCUAACUGUUCGACACUAAAGGCAACCACAUAACAAUUCAUAAUACCAGCAUAGAAAAUUUAAAGAUUCGUCCCAUUCAAUAAAAAUGCCGAACGAGCAGAUUCACAUUGAGCAUUUCAUUCGAAGUCUUAGCAGCACUAUAAGCUAUGUGAAAUCUGAUAUUCGGUUGGAAGCCUCGUCAACCAAACUUCAGUCUUUACCAAUACGUACUUACUUGGAGAGAUUAGUUGUGCCAGUACUUAUUCAUGGCCUUAUACAACUGUGUAAAGAAAGACCACAGAAACCGAUUGAGUAUUUAGCAGCAUACUUACUGAAAAACAAAAAUUAUGGACAAGAUAUCAUUACUGGUACCAAGUAAUCGACUGAAGAAACAUAAUUACAAUUUAUGAAUAAACAAAUCGAAUAUAAACUUAAUUGUAAUGCUAGAUUCUUUUGCAUGCACGCGUCAGCAAACGAAAUUUUGGCAAACAAUACCUAUCACUAGUUUAA